CGCCGACAAACAAACAAAAAUAAUAAUUAAUUUCUUUUGCCUAUAACCAACUAUAUAUAAUCCCUAAUUCUCUUCAUUUUCAUUUUCUCUUCUUUCAACUAAGGAAUCAAAAAAAACAAUGUCAGGAUUAACGUGCAAUUCUUGCAACACAGAAUUCACACAUGACGCUGAUCAAAAGCUUCAUUACAAAUCUGAAUGGCAUCGCUACAAUCUCAAACGCAAGGUGGCUGGGGUUCCUGGAGUGACAGAAGCAUUGUUUCUAGCUAGACAAGCUGCACUUGCUCAAGAGAGGGAUAAAUCUAAUGAAAGCCCUAUGCUCUAUAGCUGUGGCCUAUGUGGCAAGGGAUACAAAAGUGAAAAGGCUCAUGCCGAGCAUCUUAAGUCCAGAACUCAUAUGAUGCGGGCUUCUGAAGGAGAUAGUCAGUCAGAUGGGAAGGCUAUAAUUAAGCCACUUCCACAACGCGUUGUGAAUAAGCCUCCUCCUAAAAGAGUGGUUGAUAACUCUGCAGAAGAUGAUGACAGUGAAGAUGAAUGGGUGGAGGUUGAUUCUGAUGAUGAUCUGGUUGAUGAUGCUGCAAAGUCCUUGACAGAUAUGAACAUGGACGAGAAUGAUGAAAAUGAUGACAUGGAUGAGGAUGAUGUUGUGGACUUGGAUCCAUCGUGUUGUUUUAUGUGUGAUCAUAAGCACAAAACAAUAGAAAACUGCAUGGUUCAUAUGCACAAGCAUCAUGGAUUCUUCAUUCCAGAUGUUGAGUAUUUGAAAGAUCCAAAAGGACUCCUCACUUAUCUUGGGCUGAAGGUCAAAAGAGACUACUUGUGUCUGUACUGCAACGAUCGGUGUCAUCCUUUCAGCAGCUUGGAAGCAGUCAGGAAACACAUGGUAGCGAAAAAUCACUGCAAGGUGCAUUAUGGUGAUGAUGACGAUGAGGAGGAAGUAGAGUUGGAAGAAUUCUAUGAUUAUACCAGCAGUUAUGUUGAUGAGCAAGGGAAGCAGCUAGUUGUAUCUGGUGAUGCUGAUAAUAAUAUAGAACUUAGUGAUGGGUCUGAGCUCGUAAUCACUAAGAUGUCUGGUGACAAAAAAUCAACGAGAACUCUAGGUUCCCGUGAAUACUUGCGUUAUUAUCGUCAGAAACCACGUCCAUCACCAGCAAAUAACAUUGCCAUUACUGCGGAAUUGGCUGCAAGGUACAGGAGCAUGGGUUUGGCCACUGUCCAAUCAAGGCAGCAAAUUGUGAGAAUGAAAGUGUUGAAGCAGAUGAACAGAUCAGGUGUGGAGCAUAUGCGUAGCAAGAUGGGGAUGAAGAGUAAUGUAAUCCGGAACCUGCCAAACAAUGUCACAUAUUAGUCCUCAUCCUCUCUUUAUCGUGUCUUGCUGGCUGUUUACAUUUCAAGGGGUGCUAUGUAACGACGUUUUUAAGCUACAAGCUUUAUUUUCUUAAGUUGUUUUACUUUUCUGUCAUAAGCUUCCAAAGGUACCGUUUGUGUUCAAUGGAAUGACAUGGUAUAUUCCCAUUGAAAGGUAUUUGGAUUGGAUACUUGUUUCUUUGUUUUUGAUUGUGGUAUCAACAGAAUCGGGAUGGAUGAUAUAACGUAUUUGAUUGAUGCAAUUUUGCGGUGAUAUGUUUAUCAUAUACUAUAAUUACACUGGAAAACA